UAUGUUUAUACACACACAUAGUUGUAGUGUUUUGUUUAUACUGAGAAACUCGGAAAAUAUUCUGUACAACAGGAUUGAUUCAUUUAAUAUGUAGAAUCUAGAUGGAUUAUUUUGCAUAUUUUUGGAUACUCAGUAAAUCUCACUGACAUUCAAAGAUAGAAGCCAUAGGAGUGGUAAACCUUAGGAUAACAACUCGUAUAGACAUUACACCAGCCCAUUGAACUGUUGAAGCAAAUUAAUGAGAGGGAAUAAUGGCGCAACAGAUGUCACGUGAUGAUUGUGAUUGUACAGAAGUAUUAAUGGCGGGUGUACCAUAUAACUUUGACGACAGGGCAGGUCGAUGGAGCCCAUGGAAUUUAUCAAACUUUAUAGACGGAGCAGAAUUCCUUGGCAGAAAGACAGGACAUUUUAUGGAUUAUAAAACCAUAAAAACGGAGAAUACGAUGUACGCAAGAAUAUUACAGACUAUGACCAUUAAUCCUAUGGUGUACACGUAUAACUUUCUGAAAAAGGCACAACUCAAAAUCACCACGAAUCUUGAGAAAGUUGGUAAUACUUCAGUGAUCAUAAGAUCUAAACUGUCCGAUGUAUUAUCUGAAACUAUUUUGGCGGAUAGAUAUAUUAAAGUUGUACAGAUCAGUGCAAAAACACGCAAACCAGUCAAAUACCCGGAGUGGUUCGAACAGAAAUAUUCCUAUCUUAAAGAAACACCUGUGCCACAGUACCUUAUGUUUAAAUCUGAGAUACCAGAAGCUCCUGCUGGUUGUUUCAUUUAUAAAACUAUUGUCCGUUACAGUGACCUGGACUAUAAUGCCCACACAAAUCAAAGUGUAUAUGUCAAAAUGUGCCUGGAUUGUGCGACCGCUGCCAGUUGUAAAGGUCUACUCGUAUCGUUUAAUAGAGAUAUUAGUUUAUAUCCUCUUGUAUAUUUCGACGUGCGUUAUUUAGGAGAAACGUUUACUGGUGACGAACUUAAGGUUUGCCUUUGGCAGGAAGACUCGGACCCGUCUAUCUUAAAAUUCAUCAUAUGUAGGAACGAAAGAAAAAAAGUUAAUUAUACCACCUUUAGGUUUAAUCUCCAAACGACAGUCUCGGAAUUUACACGGAAUGUUUCUAAACUAUGACCCCUACAGUAUCAGAAUUCACAAGUUUUCAACUCGGAAUAUUAUACGUAAUAUCUGAAUCUACACGUUGAAAACUCUAAAUCCAACAGUAUAUCACUAUUCAGAGAAAGUUUCAGAAGUUCUACAGUAUCAUAAUUCAACAGAUGUAAACUCUGAUUUCUAGAGUUUUAGAAUUCAUGCAUAAUAUUUCUGAACUCUGAAUUCUAUACAACUCGAAAUUUUACAAUGGAUAUUAAUUGUUAAGCAGACUGUAAACGGAUCAUCAUGCAUAAUACUUGCUCUUUUUGAGUGAAACAUUUUGUAAUCUCUCUCUGUAACAAAUGGCAACAUUCAUGUUUUUUUUGUGUAUUUUUUUUUAUCCCCUUUUGUAGAUAUUGCAUUUAGGAAAAGUCUGUUUACAUUGUUAGGUUCAUGUUUAUAAUCACAGAAAGAAACAGUUCAUAGUGUCAUUAUAAAAGAAACAGUUCAAAGUGGCAUUAUAUAAAAACAGUUCUGUGAAAUUCAGUCUGUGAAUCUGAUUGUCAGUUGUGGAUGUUCGCAUCUGUCAUUGAAAUGAUAAUUAUUAAAAAUACAAUUUA